CAAGUCAUGUGCUAUGAAAGUGAGGACACACUCUAUAUUGCGGCACAGCGGUAUCUGACGGCGACAGGAGAGAAGAGUUUUCUUCUUCACCUCUCUCUUGAUGCUCGCCAUACAUCACUAACGUGGUUUCGUUUGGAACUCGAGUCGGAAGUAGAAUGCUUCCCCCAACUUUCAAAUAGUCAACCUUGCGAUAGAACUGCUACUCGUACGAUGUAAUCGCUCCUUCAGAGAGGGAUUGCAACAGCUGAGCACAAAGUCGGCACUACUGUGAUUCGCCUGUGGCAAAAUUCGUUGAUAUACUCGGGAAGGAUUAGCCGCUGUUUUCAAGAGUCCAAUGCUCGGAAGUUGACUUGUGAAACCAAACACAUUGUAUUGUAUUCUAUGUGACGUCUCUUCUCUUCAUCGUGUAGUUUGGCGAUGCGGUAGCACCAACGUUAUAAGUCAUGACAGGGUUUCUGGCAAGGCCCAAAAGCGGAGUGAGUAGUGAUCCGCGAACCAGGACCGGCUGUGUAGGAUGAUGGAUAUGAGCUGGAC